AUGUCGAAGGGUACCAUCACACAAUCAUCCUCGCGAUUGCUAUCCGCAACGCAGGAUGAUCGGCCACAAUCCAAGGAUCUCCAGGAUCUGUUCGCCGCCCUCCUCGCCAGUCUCCUGCCUCUUGUGCCCCAUCGCGUGCGCUUCGUCAAGAUCGAACACACAUUCCUCGCCGACCAAGCAAUCCACAACCUCGGCAAUCUCAAACUGACCCAGUCAAAUCGCAUGGCGGACCCCAGCAACCCGUUAGGCACCGUCGUCUCCACAUCCACAACUACCUUUUCCAUGAACAGGAACACAGCGCGAAACCUGUGCCAGCAAUUCGUUGAUGCCCGAUAUAUCGAGUCCGCAGAUGGAAAGCCCGAUCAGGUGUUCCAGCACGGAGGCGGAGUGUGGCGUCCCACAUCAAAGGGUAUCAUGAUCUUCGACUGGUUCUGCCAAUCCAACGGAUUAUACCAGGAUCAGCUUGAGGAGCUCCAUUGCCUCAUCAGUGGCCCUCUGCUACACUUGGAGAGAGAUAACAAGACAGACACAUGCCAUGUCGACCGUGCCACAACAGAAGUUGUCUUCUGUCGACUCAUAGGUGUCGAUGGCCGAGGAAAGAAGGGUCCUCACGCUGAGGGUGCAGUAGGAAUCAGACUUCAGCCGGAGCGUAAGGUAAACGGCCGCACAUACCAAGAUACAUGUACCGGUUCACAAGUUGCCGAGUGGCUCCGAGACAACACAACUUGUGUAGACUUGAGAGAAGCCGUCAACAUGGCAACACACUUUGUCCACUACAACCUCAUCGAGUCAGUAACAGCAGACAUGGCCUACAUGAACCAGUUCGCCGCCUGCAAGCUCUUCCAACCCACACCCAUCGCCAUCUACCAACUCUCCCAACGGGGCCAAGACCUCGUCGAGACCAGCUCAUCUAGCCGUUGCUCAUCACAGGGCAAGACAGAUUCAUCAUCGGCAAAGGGCGGCGUGAACGAGAGCAACCGACACAAGCUUGAGAAGAUCCUGCUUGACCCUACGUUGCGACUGCUAUUCCGCGAGAACCUCCGAGAGACAUACUGCGAAGAGAGUCUUGCUUUCUACGAGCAAGUCGAGGAGAUUAUCAAAGACUCCAAGGCUAUGCUCGAGACUAUAGAGAAGGACAAGAAGGAAUCCGAUGCUGCGAUAAACGAACUUCUUUCCAAGUCCCACGUUGUCUUCAACACCUUCCUCGCGCCGGGUUCACCGCGAGAAGUCAACGUCAACCAUAAGAUCCGCUCGAGCCUCGCUCAGCGGAUGACCAAGGCUCAAGCCCUUGAUGCUACCAUGGCGGAUACCUUGAGAGAGGUGACGUCGCUAUUGGAGACUGCACAAGAUGCCGUCUUCAAGCUGAUGGCCACCGACUCGGUGCCCAAGUUCCUUAACAACCCGGCGGCGGAGAGCAGACUGGUGCAGGCUGGCGUGCGAUGA